AUGAGCUCCCACAAUAUCCCCAAGCGCAAUGCCACCGGGGCAUUUGCGACCCCAAUCGAUCCGCCUCAGCUUCGCGCUCACCCUCGCGCCCAUCAACAGCAGGACGGCAACGAGAAUCUCAUUGAUGAGACUGCCAAGAUGGCAAAGAGGCUCACCGAGGGCCCCUCCCAGACCCAAUGCGUCUUUGGCAAUGAAGACAUUGCCCCCAGCACCAGCAUUGCUGGCGUCUCCGGUCGCCUUGGCGAUCCCAAACUUGCUUCGAUGCAAAAGAUGGUCCUCGACUCGGUUCCUGAGGGAAGUCAGGUCAAAAUCAUCUAUCUCAUCACCAAGGAGAAUGAGAACAACGACUUCCGAGCUGGAACUGAUAACAAUGCCGCUGCUGCACAAGCUGGACCUUUCGAGGUGGGCCGCUUUGUUCAACAGAACAAUGCGGUUCAGGACCGCACUCGCGCCCAGGUCCACCAGCACAGACAGGGUGAGGACAAUGAUGAAGAGGAUGAAGAUGUCUCCCUGCGGCCUAGAAAGCGUCGCCGAGCUUCCUGCCGAGUCUCUCCUCUUCAUAUAUCGCCUAGAGGCCUCAAGACCGAGCAAGAGGACGAGGAGGAAAGUGAGAAGCAGAUCAAGGAAGAGGUCGAUGAUGAGGUCGACGAUGAGUUCAAGGAAGAGGUCGAUGAUGAGGUCAAGGAAGAGGUCGACGAUGAGUUCAAAGAAGAGGUUGACGAUGAGGCUCUCUUCUUUGCAGAACCCGACGAAGUCAUCAAUCGCAACUUCUCUAUCACACGGGCCAUGCACAGAACGACUCCCUCCCUAUAUGGUCUUCCUUCUGGAAAUAGCUUUCCGUCAUCGACUCGAACCGCUCAGCAGAUCAACACCUCUGAUGAUAACGAUGAUGGUGACGAGGACGACGGCGAGGAACCAGUGCAAGUCAGAUACACUGGAAGUUACUUUGAUAACUUUUUCGCCGCAUAUGAUGCCGCCUUCUCCGCUGAGGAUCCUUAUCCCUAUCUUCGGAGCUUGGAUGAUCUCGACUUCCCUGGACUGCGUUGA